AUGUUGAAGCUCUUGUUGCUUGCAGCUUUCGCAGCCAUAGGCAUCUGUCAAGGCUAUGCUCCCCCGUCUAAUACGACAGCCCCAGCCACUUUUACAAAUCCAAUUGUAGACGCUGGAGCCGAUCCAUGGAUGUUCCGCUACGAAGACUACUACUACCUCACCUACACUAACAACCAGGAUAUUACACUCUUCCGUAGCAAGUCCUUGACAGACUGGACUGAUGCCGACUCCAAGCUUGUCUUCAGCCCACCACCGGGCAUGAACUAUUCCACGGACCUCUGGGCUCCCGAGAUCCACAACAUCGACGGCAAGUGGUAUGUCAUCUUCACGGCUGAUCCACGUAAUGACUCUCCGCCGCCGGAGAUUGAAAUGUGGUGUGAAUACAACUGUCCAGCCGUCCACCAUCGUGUGUUCGUUGUAGAAGGCACAGGCUCCGACCCAUGGACUGCCACCUACCAGUACAAAUCGGAACUCGACACAUACAACCAAUUCGCCAUCGACGGAACCUACUUCCAACACAACGACCAACUCUACCACAUCUACUCCUGCUGGCGUCGUCAGUACGACGGCUGGCCCGCCAACCUCUGCAUCACCAAAAUGGCAAACCCAUACACUGUCUCCUCCCCCUUCUCAGAACGCCAAAUCAUCUCCACCCCCGAGUACGACUGGGAAAAGACGCCCUUCGGUCGCACCAGUAACGACCGCCUCUCCUCCAAUGAAGGCCCCCAACAACUCACCAACCCUACCACCGGCCAACAGUUCCUCAUUUACAGCGCAGCCCGCUCAGACAACCGCAAUUACUGCCUCGCUCAACUCGAACUCGUAGGCGAUGACCCUAUGAAUCCUGGUAACUGGCGUAAGCAUCCUUUCCCAAUAUUCUACCAGAACCCGAGCGAGUCUGCAUAUGGUGUUGGCCAUGCUUCUUUCACAACAUCGCCGGAUGGCAGUGAGAACUGGAUUGUAUAUCAUGGGAUGCGGGACCCUACGAAUGGGUGGAGUGCGAGGUCGAUUCGGGCGCAGAAGUUUGAGUGGAACGACGAUGGGUCACCAAAGUUUCCACGGCCGGGAUAUGGUCCUUAUGAGACUCCUAAGGGGCAGUAG